AUGCUCGCAGUGUCUGAGUUCCUCGUUCUGUUCGAGCUGUGCACCGUCCUCGACAAGAGCGCACUCGACAUCGACCUCGACACUGGCUUCAUAUCCAAUGGCGGCGAUUCGCUGGGGGCGGUUGCCCUUGCAGCGGCCUGCAAAGCACAUGGCCUAAGUCUGCCCAGAGAGAAGAUCUUGCGAAGCCAAACACUCCGUGGAGUUGUUUCCACCAUCUCAAGCCUGGAUGGUACGGACCCCACGCAGGUCAAGACCUACCUCUUGUCAAAACUGGCAUCGGACGCCACGCCACUAUCCGAUGUGUCAUCAGCCUCGUCAAGGAAUACGACCCCAUCAGUUGGUCAAGACACCGUGCCCAUCAUUCGUUGGCCACAGUCGGAAAACACGAGCCAUGCAGGCUCUGUGGUCAAGGGCGGCUUGAUCGAUACGCCCGAUACGACCUUGUCCGGCUUGAUCGGACCUUCGUUGACCGAAAUGCAACUUCACUUCAUCCACGGUUCACUACGACAACCGGGAACAAAUUUCAUCGUCCAUUCAGAGACAUACGAGACAAAACACAUCCCGGUGCUGAAGGCAGCAUGGAGGCAUGUUAUCGAAUCCGAGCCGAUAUUCAACCAAGACUUUCCAAGAUACCAGGGAAUUGAUGCAGGUCCAACAGGGUUUAACUGGGCCGAUGCGACAACGUCGGGCGAUGGCGACAAGGACAGAGCCGAGACAACAAUUGGGUCAUUCUUCCGAGUGGCACAUGUUGAUGGCUCAGAAGAACUAAGCACCAUUACAUGGACGGUCCACCACUCAAUGAUAGAUGGCUACUCUGCAUCAAUGCUGUUUGACAAGGUGCUCCGGAUGGCGAAUGGGGAGCAUCCACUUCCUGCAGGGCCGUCAUUUAUACAAUUCACUCGAGAGCUUGACUCGUUUCGCAAGACAAGCCGGGAGUUCGGAACAGCAUACUGGGUAGGCAAGCAAGCGCAACUGAGGCAAGCCCAGCAUGAACUCCUGCUCCCGACAGCUCUACCGCACGAAGGCUACACCGGAAGCCAAACCGUCACUGUGGGCAUCACAGAUAUUGCAGACAACAUUCAGUCAAAGGCGCAAAGUAUUGGUGUCACACCCGCAAGUGUCUUCAACGCAGCCUGGGCCUUGACACUCGCACAGUUUGCAGAUGCUGAUGUCGUCUCAUUCGGCGCUGUUCUAUGUGGCCGAAGCCUCGUGGUUCCCGGUGCACUAGAUACAAUCGGCCCUCUUCUCAACACACUCCCGCUCACCCUCAAUGUCGCGAGAGAGAUGACGACCGAGGAGCUGCUGCGCACGGCCUUUGAUGAGCUUGUCGAGCUGGAGGAGUACCAGUGGACAACAUCCGACAACGGCUUCAAUCGCGUCUUUGAAACAGCGCUUAGCGUCCAAGUGGACAUCCCGUACGACCCCAGCUGGUGCAUUCGUCCUGUGCAACGAGCGACGCGGCAAGAGCACGAAGUCCCUCUCGGAAUCACGAUUGACCCCCGGCGUGGAAUAUCCUUUGACUAUCACGUCAACCGGUUUUCCGCAGACAACGUCAAUCGUCUGGCCAAAACUUACCGUCGUGCACUGGAGCUGUUGCUGGCUCCUGUACGCACCAUCAGCAAUGCUGUCAAGGACCUACUCCCGUCUUCCAGCAUCGAGAUGCUUCAUCACUUCGGCAACUGCGCCUCGACGACACUGACUUCGAGCAUCACAGAGGAUCUUGUUACACUAUUUGAGCGGCACGCGCGAGAGAUCCCUGACAACGUUGCAAUUGAAAAAGGCUGUGAUAAGAUGACUUACCGAGAGAUGGACACGGCGGCCUCCAAAAUCGCCUCGCGGCUCUCCCUGCACAUCAAGCAAGGCGAGGUAGUCUGCGUCUACUCUGAUCGUUCGAUGCUCUGGCUAUGCGCCAUGUUCGGCAUCUUGAAGGCAGGCGGCGUGUACUGCUCGAUGGACCCAACAGUGCCUCAAGAAGUGCGCGACCGGAACUUUGGCUUGUCGGGAGCAAAGACAUUCAUCACCGCCAAGCCUUGCCAACUACCUAUCGUGCCGAGGGACUGUCCCAUCUCCUUCACAGUUCAAAGCACACUAGAUUCGCCGGAAUUUGAACCCUUCGAACACCGUCGGGUUGCCAACCCCCAUUCACCGGCAUACGUCUGCUUCACUUCGGGAUCUACCGGCACCCCCAAGGGAGUAGUUUGCGCCCACGCGGGCUUGGUCGCGUUCCAAUCGUCCCUCGAUGUCCGACUAUUUGCUGCCCCAGGGCGAAAGGUUGCUCAUAUCAUGUCCGUCGCGUUCGACGGCAGCAUCCACGAGCUCUUCUCCGCCUUGACUCACGGCGCUACCGUCGUAUUGCCAUCCGGCUCGGAUCCCUUUGGCCAUUUGCACUCAGCCGACUCGGCUAUCCUAACGCCGUCGCUUGCCAGAUUGCUUGAUCCCGACGAGUUUGAGCGGUUGAAAUGGGUAUACUUCGUCGGCGAACCGGUCCCGCAGGCUGUCUGCGACCGCUGGGCCUCUGUGAAGCAGCUGUACAACAUGUAUGGGCCAACCGAAGGCACCUGCGGAGCGACCAUCAAGCGACUCCUGCCUGGACAGCCUGUGACUAUCGGCGUGCCAAACCGUACUACCAGAAUUUAUAUCCUCAAUUCCGACAGGACCUUGUCGCCCCCCGGAGCUAUUGGCGAGCUCUAUCUCGCCGGCGUGCAAGUCGCUGGUGGCUACCUGGACCUGCCCCAGCAGACACAGGAGCGCUUCUUGCCAGACACAAUCUGGCAUCAAGGAGUCCGUGAAAUGAUGUACAAGACGGGUGACAGAGGGUACUGGACUGAAGACGGCGAGAUCGCCUUGCUCGGACGACGCGACCGCGAGAUCAAGCUGAGGGGUUACAGGUUGGAUAUGGGCGAUCUGGAAAUUCGGAUCGCACGAGCGUAUCCCUCCCUGCAAGCUGUUGCAGUCACCCACAACAAGGACCAACUUAUUGCCAUGGCCCAACCCCACGACGUCGACGUGGGGGCCCUCCGAGAAGAACUUCGGAAGGCCUUGCCGCAAUACGCCAUGCCCCAUUCUAUCGUUACCACGGACAAGCUUCCCGUUACUGCGGCUGGGAAGGUGGACUACAAAGCCGUCUCCGAAGCGGCGUCUCACCCACGGGAGACCCAAGCUCAAGCCGAUAAACUAGCCUCCUCGGCGGAGAUAGCGGUCGCACAGGCCUACAGAAUGGCUCUUCAGAUUUCAGAUGAUGUUGAAGUCACCGCAUCCUCGAAUUUUGUCGAGCUCGGAGGCCAUUCGCUCCGCCAGCUCGAGUUGUUGCGGCACCUGUCAACAGCCUUUGAUGUGCAGCUGUCCUUGAAGAUGAUACUCGUCUCUCCUACGGUAAGAGAACUUGCCAAGGCAAUUACCGGCUGCAUAAACUCGACUCCGUCGGUUGUUCUCGAUCAAAAGUUUCCGGUGAGCGAGGAGCGAGCGACCCCGAUUGAGGUGGAGUGGAUGAGAAAAUACGAAACCUCGUCCGGCUCGUCAUCGUUCAAUGUGUGCUUUUCGUCAAUGUUCGACGGCAACGUUGCUAACAAAGAAAGGCUCAUCGAGGCGUGGAACAUGGUGUUGGCGAGGCACCAACUCCUGGCAUGUCAAUACGCCUACCGCGGAGCCGACGAGGUGAUCCGCAUCAACCCGGGUUAUUGUCCUCGCGUCCAAACGCCAUGCUCGUUCGACUUGUGGGCGGAGGCCAACCGGCCCUUUUCGUUGGAGCUCGAGCAGCCUAUUCGCGUGUUCGUCACCGACGACCGGCUGACGGUUGUCUUGAGUCACAUCGUCGCCGACUACACAGCGCUGGGAAUAUUGAUGCGUGAAGCGUCCGACGCGUACAACGGCAAGCUCUUGGACGAUGCCCCUCGUAGCUACUCUCUUGCAGAUGUUUGGUAUGGAUCACCCCCGCAGGCCGUCCUGGAUUUCUGGACUGGAUAUCUGCAGCAGUGCCCCGAAAACCCAAGUCCCUUUGGUGGCCAAGUCAAUCGGUCGGAUUACUCUGGAACAUCUGCGCUCUCCAUCAUCGAUACCGGCAUCUUUGAACGCGCCCUGCAAUUCUCCUCCGCUGCCAAUGUCACGCUGCAGCAACUUGCAAUCGCAUGCGUUGCGUUGUGCUUGGAUCAGGAUCAGGCAGGAACAGACAUUGUACUGGGCGUACCGCACAUCAACAGGGAUACUGCCGACGACUUGGACACUUUCGGACUGUUCCUCCAGCCUCUCCCGGUCCGCAUCACACACGGGGCAGAUUCGGUUGGCACCUUGAUGGACUCCGUGAAGACAAGCUCGCAAAUGGCACUUGCACAUGCAAUGCCGUGGCACCAGCUCUUGCGGCACCUCAAUAUCGCGACAAACUACCCCAAUCACCCCCUCUUUGAUGUCAUGGUAACGAUGCACGACUUCAGGCAUACGAAUGACUUGGACAUGAAGGUUCCUGGGCUUGAGCCGUCCUUCGUCUGGUCCGAAGGCGCCAAGUUUAAACUGCUGUGCGAGUUCACGGCACUACCCAACGGGAAGCUGUUACUACGGAUGGAAUACGAUGCCAGCGUCGUGCCUGAAGCUGAGAUUGGGAGACUGCAAAAAUCUAUUCCGCUUGCGAUGCACAUGCUCUCGACUGGCAGCAAGCAUGAUGAGGUCAAGUUUGCAGUCAAGGGAGGCACAGAGCUACCGAGUGACCUAGCGGGCACUGUUUUGCAAGACACAAAGUGUUUCUUUGGCAAAUGCCUUGGUGAUAUUUAG